AUGCACAGCGAAGGCGACCAGCUGCUGGCAGCCGAGCACCCUGGGAGGAACUCCAUUGAGGCACACAUGGAGGCCGUGCACACUGACUAGAAGGAGUACCUGAACCUGCUCAUCUGUGAGGAGAGCCACCUCAAGUACAUGGAGGACUACCACCAGUUCCACGAAGACAUGAAGGACGCUCAGGAGCUGCUGCACAAGGUGGACUCGGACCUAAACCAGAAAUACAGCCCUGACUUCAAGGACCGGUACCAGAUUGAGCUGCUAUUGGGGAGGGAGCUGGAUGACCAGGAGAAGGUGCUGGACAAGUAUGAGGACGUGGUGCGGGGGCUGCAGAAGCGAGGCCAACAGGUGGUGCCCCUCAGGUACCGCCGGGAGACGCCGCUCAAGGCCAUCCCCGUGGAGGCACUCUGUGACUUCGAGGGGGAGCAGGGCCUGAUAUUGUGGGGCUACAGCUACACCCUGCAGAAGAACAAUGGGGAGAGCUGGGAGCUCACAGACAGCGCUGGGAACAAGCUGAUCGCUCCUGCCAUCUGCUUUGUGAUCCCCCCCACAGACCCCGAGGCUCUGGCUCUGGCUGACAGCCUAGGCAGCCAGUACCAGAGCGUGAGGCAGAAGGCAGCUGGGAGCAAACACAUGCUGCAGCAUCGGUAUGAGACGCUGAAGACCAAGAACCCUGGAGAUGCCUCUGACCUCCAGGGGUGCCAGCUGCUGGCUGGCUUGGACAAGGUGGCCAGCGACCUGGACCGGCAGGAGAAGGCCAUCACGGGGAUCCUGAGACCACCGCUGGAGCAAGGCCAGGCUGUGCAGGACAGUGCCGAGCGGGCCAAGGACCUCAAGAACAUUACCAACGAGCUGCUACAGAUCGAGCCUGAGAAGACGAGGAGUGCGGCUGAGGGCGAAGCCUUCAUCCAGGCCCUCCCGGGCAGCGGCACCACACCCCUGCUGAGGACCCGGGUGGAGGACACCAACCAGAAAUAUGAGCGCCUGGUGCAGCUGCUGGACUUGGCCCAGGAGAAGGUUGACGUGGCCAACCGCCUGGAGAAGAGCCUGCAGCAGGGCUGGGAGUUGCUGGCCACACAGGAGAACUGUCUGAAUCAGGACAACACCGUCCCUGAGAGCAGCCGUGUCCUGGACAGCAAGGGGCAGGAGCUGGCAGCCCUGGCCUCUGAGUUACAGGCCCAGAAGUCCCUCCUGGGCGAGGUGGAGCGGAAUCUGCAGGCAGCCAAGCAGUGCUCGAGCACGCUGGCCAGCCGCUUCCAGGAGCACUGCCCAGACCUGGAGCACCAGGAGGCCGAAGUUCACAAGCUGGGCCAGCGUUUUGACAACCUGUGCCAGCAGGUGGAGUGUAGGGCACAGAGCCUGCGGAGUGCCAAGGCAGCCUACGAGGACUACCGCAGUGGCCAUGACCACAUGCUGCAGUUCUUGGCCAGCAUCCCCAGUUACAAGCCCCAGGAGACAGACAGCCUCAGCCAGAUGGAGACCAAGCUAAAGAACCAGAAGAACCUGCUACAUGAGAUAGCAGGUAGGGAGCAGAAAGUACAGAAGAUCUAUGCCAUUUCCCAGCAGUAUCAGCAAGCUGUAAAGGACUAUGAGUUAGAAGCAGAAACACUAAGGUCCCUUCUUGACUUGGAGAAUGGAAGGAGCAGCCACAUGAACAAGAGAGCCAGGCUCCAAUCUCCCGCUGCCAAAGUGAAAGAAGAGGAAGCAGCUCUUGCUGCCAAGUUCACUGAAGUUUAUGCCAUCAACAAACAGAGGCUGCAGAAUUUAGAGUUUGCUCUGAAUCUCCUUAGACAGCAGCUGGAAGUAGAAGUGACCCAUGAGACCCUGCAGAGGAACAAGCCGGACUCCGGAGUGGAAGAGGCAUGGAAGUUCAGGAAGGAACUGGAUGAGGAGAAGGAGCGGAGGCAGCAGCUGGAGAACGAGAUCAAGAGCACCCAGGAAGAGAUCCGGACCCUGCGGAAUCAGGGGCCUCAGGAAUCGGUGAUGAGGAAGGAGGUGCUCAAGAAAGUGCCAGAUCCCGCACUGGAGGAGAGUUUCCAGCAGCUGCAGAGGACGCUGACGGAAGAGCAGCACAAGAACCAACUACUGCAGGAGGAGCUGGAGGCACUGCAGCUGAAGCUGCGCGCCCUGGAAUAGGACACAAGGGACGGGGGACAGGAGUAUGUGGUCAAGGAGGUCCUGCGCAUCGAGCCUGACAGGGCCCAGGCGGACGAGGUCUUGCAGCUGCGGGAGGAGCUGGAGGCACUGAGGCAGCAGAAGGGUGCCCGGGAGGCAGAGGUGCUCCUCCUGCAGCAGCGUGUGGCCACCCUGGCCGAGGAGAAGAGCCGGGCACAAAACAAGGUCACCGAGAAAGAGGUGGUUAAACUGCAGAAUGACCCCCAGCUGGAGGCAGAGUACCGACAGCUGCAGGAUGACCACGAGCAGGAACGCCACCUCCGAGAGUAGCAGGAGGAGGAGCUGAGCUUCCUCCAGGACAAGCUCAAGAGGCUGGAGAAGGAGCGGGCCAUGGCCGAGGGCAAGAUCACCGUCAAGGAGGUGCUCAAGGUGGAGAAGGACGCAUCCACCGAGAGGGAGGUCAGCGAUCUCACCCGCCAAUACGAGGAUGAGGCUGCCAAGGCUCGUGCCAGCCAGAGGGAAAAGACCAAGCUGCUCCGGAAGAUAUGGGCCUUGGAGGAGGAGAAUGCCAAAGUGGUGGUGCAGGAGAAGGUGCGUGAGAUCGCGCAGCCAGACCCCAAAGCAGAGAGUGAAGUGGCCAACCUCCACCUGGAGCUUGUGGAGCAGGAGCGAAAGUACUGGGGGGCGGAGGAGCAGCUCUGGAGCUACCAGAGCGAGCCGCAGACCCUCAGGAGGCGGGGCCCCCAGGUGGAAGUCAAAGGCGUGACUAAGGAAGUCAUUAAGUACAAGACUGACCCCAAGAUGGAGAAGGAGCUUCAGCGGCUCAGGGAGGAGAUCGUGGAUAAGACCAGACUGAUCGAAAGGUGUGAUUUAGAGAUCUACCAGCUGAAGCAGGAAAUCCAGGCCCUGAAAGACACCAAACCCCAGGUCCAGAUCAAAGAGGUGGUCCAGGAGAUCCUACAAUUUCAGGAAGACCCUCAAACCAAGGAGGAGGUGGAGUCUCUGAGGACAAAGCUCUCAGAGGAGCAGAAGAGGCAAGUGGACCUGGAGAGGGAGAGGGCUUCCCAGGAAGAGCAGAUUGCCCGGAAGGAGGAGGAGCUCUAGCAGGUGAAGGAAAGAAUGGUGCAGCAGGAAGUAGUCAGGUACGAGGAGGAGCCUGGCCUGAGGGCCGAGGUGAGCUCCUUCGCCGAGAGCAUCGACGUGGAGCUGCGGCAGAUCGACAAGCUGCGUGCGGAGUUGCGGCGGCUGCAGCGCCGGCGCACCGAGCUCGAGCGGCAGCUGGAGGAGCUGGAGCGCGAGCUGCAGGCCAGCAGGGAGGCAGAGCGCGAGGAGCAGCGGCUGCAGCAGCGGCUGGCACUGCUGGAGCAGGAAGAAGCUGAGGCCCGUGAGAAGGUGACCCACAAGCAGAAGGUAGUGCUGCAGCAGGACCCGAAGCAGGCCCGCGAGCAUGCCCUGCUCCAACUCCAGCUGGAGGAAGAACAGCACCGGCGGCAGCUCCUGGAGGGUGAGCUGGAGACCCUGCGGAGGAAGCUGGCCACCCUGGAGAAGGCGGAGGUCAAGGAGAAGGUGGUGUUUUCUGAGAGUGUCCAGGCGGAGAAGGGCGACACCGAGCAAGAGAUCCAGAGGCUCAAGAGCAGCCUGGAGGAGGAGAGCCGCAGCAAGCGCGAGCUGGACGCCGAGGUGAGCCGGCUGGAAGCCCAGCUUUCGGAGCUGGAAUUCCAUAACUCCAAGUCAUCCAAGGAACUAGACUUUCUAAGGGAAAAAAACCACAAAUUACAACUGGAGCGGCAAAACCUGCAGCUGGAGACCCGAAGGCUCCAAUCGGAAAUUGAAAUGGCAGCGACGGAAACACGAGACCUGCGGAACAUGGCCGUGGCAGACUCUGGGACUAACCACGACUCUAGACUGUGGUCCCUGGAGAGGGAACUGGACGACCUCAAGAGGCUCUCCAAGGACAAAGACCUCGAGAUCGACGAGCUGCAGAGGCGCCUGGGCUCCGUGGCUGUCAAGCGGGAGCAGCAGGAGAACCACCUGCGGCGCUCCAUCGUGGUCAUCCACCCCGACACGGGCCACGAGCUGUCCCCGGAGGAAGCCCACCGCGCCGGGCUCAUUGACUGGAGCAUGCUUGUGAAACUCAAAAGCCAGGAGUGUGACUGGGAGGAGAUCUCAGUGAAGGGGCCCAACGGGGAGUCCUCAGUGAUACACGACAGGAAGUCUGGCAAGUUCUCCAUCGAAGAGGCCCUGCAGAGUGGCAGGUUGACCCCUGCUCAGUACGACCGUUAUGUCAACAAGGAUAUGUCCAUCCAGGAGCUGGCGGUCUCGGUGUCUGGGCAGAAGUAGGCACAGCCCUUGCAACUCUUCUUAGCGGCAGAUGCUGGCCCUCUCUUACGACACAGUGACCUCCUUGUGUCGUCCUCUCCCUGGCCCUGUGCAGGCCAAGCAUUUUAUAAACAAACACCCUCGCUGCCAGGCUGUCAAAAUCCAGCCCACAUAUGGGACAGGCACUGGCUGAAGACAGGCAACUCUCAUGCCAACCACCAUUCACUCUGAGUGACCCACUUCAUCCUCCAGUGAUUGGACAAAUCCGAUACCCUUUUUUCCUCCCCUCUCCCGUACACUUCCAGCAACAAACUCCUCGUGAUAGCUGCACACAAUCUGCGAACCACUAAAGGACAAGCUGACCACAGCAGCCAAGCCCACUCAAUGCAGCAUGGGCACUAGCACAGCAGACAGUGACACUCUGCCCUACAAAGGGCUAGGCCCACUGGGGCUGCUGCCCGCCAUGACAUCUCUCCAGAUUUCUGACUUAAAACCAACUUUCCAUCAGAGAAGCCACCUUGGUAGUCACUUUGUUCAUGAAACAGAUCUGGGCUCCAUGCCAGGGAAGGCAAACAGAAAUCACAAGUGUCCAGCCCUUGGUGCUAGGGUGGACAGUAAUUGUCAGCCGGACUGUCCCAGCACCAAUAGAGAACACUUCACAGUUCUGGCACUGAAAUCCUUUGAUGGUGGAUUGUGUUGCUCUUAGCCCUGGUUUCAGUGCUUUACAAGUCUCGCUUAUUAUCUCAUUGGUAUUUAGAUAUACAAAACAGUUGAUUAUUCACCAAGCAAAUUUCUGGUUCUCUGUAUCUCAUGUAUAACAGAAAAUGGGAAAAAUAGGGAACUUUAUUUACAGCAUGAAAAUAAACCUGGUGGCUGGAGUCU